ACUGAAUCAGGUUCCAUCUGCCAGCAAUGCUAGUCUGCGAUUUGGGAAGCUGGAGAUCAACCUAGGAUUUUGUCUGAUAUUCUCUCCUUUUGAAAAAGGAUGCGUGGCAUAGAAAGAGGGUCUAAGUGCCUGUCUGAAAUUAUUGUACCGAACCAGGGAUAAAUGUUACUUCUCAAAGGUACUGCUGCGUGAUUUACCAUGGAAAAAUUGCUCUGCAGCAUCCUGGUGUUUGGAAUGGCAGUUGCGGUCAAUGCUUGUCCCAAAUACUGUGUGUGUCAGAACCUGUCAGAGUCGCUGGGGACUCUGUGUCCCUCCAAGGGCCUCCUUUUUGUACCCUUAGACAUAGACCGAAGGACUGUUGAACUCCGACUCGGGGGUAACUUCAUUAUUAACAUCAGCCGACAGGACUUUGCCAACAUGUCUGGCCUUGUUGACCUCACUUUGUCCAGGAAUACCAUCAGUUACAUUCAGCCCUACUCCUUUGCUGAUCUAGAAAGCCUUCGGUCUUUGCAUUUGGACAGCAAUAGGCUGCCCAACAUUGGAGAGGAUAUUUUGAGAGGCUUAAUUAACCUUCAGCACUUGAUAAUAAAUAACAACCAGCUGAGCAGCAUCUCGGACGAAGCCUUUGAGGAUUUUCUGGUGACAUUGGAAGACUUGGAUCUUUCCUACAAUAACCUCCAAGGCAUCCCCUGGGAAUCUAUAAGGAAGAUGGUAAACCUGCACCAGAUUAGCUUGGAUCAUAACCUGAUAGAUUAUAUUACAGAGGGGACGUUUGCAGAUCUUCAGAAAUUGGCCAGAUUGGAUCUAACCUCUAACAGACUUCAGAAGCUCCCCCCAGAUCCCAUAUUUGCCAGGUCCCAAACAUCUCCAUUAGAAGCAACUCCAUUUUCUCCACCUCUGUCUCUUAGCUUUGGAGGCAACCCGCUGCAUUGUAACUGUGAGCUGCUGUGGUUAAGGCGGCUUGACAGAGAUGAUGAUAUGGAAACUUGUGCUUCCCCUCCAAAUCUAAAGGGAAGAUACUUUUGGUAUGUACGGGAAGAGGAAUUUGUUUGUGAGCCACCUCUCAUUACCCAGCAUACUCACAAGUUGCUGGUUUUAGAAGGGCAAACUGCCACAUUAAAGUGUAAAGCCAUUGGGGACCCAUCCCCAGUCAUUCACUGGGUGGCUCCAGAUGACCGACUCAUUGGGAAUUCUUCGAGGACAGCAGUCUACGAUAAUGGUACUUUAGAUAUCGUUAUCACGACAUCCAAGGAUUAUGGAACUUUUACGUGCAUCGCAGCCAAUGCUGCUGGAGAAUCGACUGCGACCAUUGAGCUCUCGAUCGUGCAGCUUCCACACCUCAGCAACGGUACGGGCCGAACUGCCCCACCCAAAUCCAGGCUUUCUGACAUCACUAGCUCCAGCAAGUCCAAUAGAGGGGAAACGAAAGGUCCACCAGAAAGGACUGUCUUGGUGUCAGAGGUGACGACUACCUCAGCUUUGGUCAAGUGGACGGUGAGCAAGUCAGCCCCCAGGGUUAAAAUGUAUCAGCUGCAAUAUAACUGCUCGGAUGAUGAAGUUCUAAUUUACAGGAUGAUCCCUGCUACAAACAAAGCCUUUGUGGUAAACAACCUUGUAUCUGGAACGGGCUAUGACCUUUGUGUCUUGGCCAUGUGGGAUGACACUGCCACGACACUCACAGCCACCAACGUCGUGGGGUGUGCCCAGUUCUUCACCAAAGAGGACUAUCCUCAGUGCCAAUCCAUGCACAGCCAGUUUCUGGGUGGGACGAUGAUCUUAGUCAUUGGAGGCAUCAUUGUGGCGACUCUACUGGUGUUCAUCGUCAUACUCAUGGUCCGGUAUAAAGUUUGUAACAAUUCCCAGGGGAAGAUGGCCAAUGUCAGCAAUGUCUACUCACAGACUAAUGGAGCUCAACCUGUUCAAAACGGGGUCCUGCCCCAAGUCAACCCCAAAGUGGUGGUAAGAAAUGAACUCAUGGAGUUUAACUGUGAAUCUGUACAGAGCAGCAUCUCCUCCUCUUCUAGUUCAGUGAAUAGCCGCGACUGUGAUGAUUAUAGCCUCCAAAGUGAACAAGGCACAUUGUCCAGUAAGUGGAGGCCUCCUUCUAGGUCAAAACAUAACAUUGAUCGGCUAAUGGGAGCUUUUGCCUCCCUGGAACUGAAGUGUCAAAAAAAGGAGGACACGGUAGACUCCAGAACUUCCACAGUGGCCCGCCACUCGGACAAAGAGCCGCUUCUGGGCCAACAGGAGUCAAAAUUCCGUAGUCUCCUCAUGUUACCACUGGAGGGGAAAACUAAACGUAGCCAUUCUUUUGACAUGGGGGACUUUGCCACAUCUCAAUGUUGCACCUACCCCAAAAAGAUAACCCAUAUUUGGACAAAGCGCAGCCUCUCGGUGAAUGGCAUGCUCUUGCAGUAUGACGACAAUGACUUAGCAGGGGCGAAAGGGACUUAUGGGAGUUCAGAAUGGGUAAUGGAAAGCACAGUGUAAAUAAGAGCUUCUCCCCCCUCGCUUCUCCCUAAUUACAUCAAAUGUAAUAAAAUUUGGUUUUGUUGAAAAGCCAUGAAAAUGAAAAGGGGGGAGGGAAUAUGCUCAACCAUGUUGGAGAAAAGAAAAAAGAGAGAGAGAGAGAGAGGUAAAUAAAAAAAAUAAGAUAACAAAAGAGGAAAAAGGUAAUGAAAUGCUAAUAAGCACCUGUGGCCCCAUUAAUGUCCGGUCCCAACAAAACGGAGUGUGAACAUUUCAAGGAAUUUACCAGUCGUUGUAAGCGUUGCUUUCCAAAAGUCUCCUGGCCUCCCGGUGACCCGACAAACAAGCUUAAACGAGGAUUAAAGUGGGUUUAGCAGCACAUAUUUAAUUCAAAGGGUUUGGGGGUUUUUCCUUCCCUUUUUGGUAACCUAUGAAGUACACUCUCGUGGAUAGAAGACUGAUGCAAGUAUGUCACUGGCUGUAAUUGUGCGUGUCAUCACAGAACUACACUAAGGGCAUCUGUGGGGACAGAACAGAUCGAUUUUUCAGCUUAAUCUCUUGGUGUUAUCAAAAACAUAUGGAAAUUUCUACCCCGUCCCCCAUUGUUGAGCUGAGGGGGUUUUUGGUUGGGGUGGUUUUUUGCAGGAAAAAGGGAUUUCUUUUUUCCUUUUUGUUUUUAUUCUAUCAUCAAAUCCCUGUGAUGAAACCAAGGAUAUGUACAAAGAUUAAACUCUCGAUGUGUACUGUAUAACCCGCCUUCAACACCACCCUUUAUGUCCUGGGAAAAUGAAAUCUAGGGGGCUAAUAAAUUUUAAAAAUAAUCAUCUUUCUUCCAUCUCCUUCAUGGUCGCUGUUUGUCAAGGCAGAUUGCAACAGCUAUUUAUAUCAGUGGGGCUUUUGCUAUCCCGGAGGGGGGAAAAAAUUCAAGAUUUCAUAUAAAAGACAAGAGAGAGGUGAAAACAAAAGCUGCUCCAGUGAACUCUACACAUUAUUAAUACAAAUUGCUGCUGGCCAAGAUUAUUCUGUCACCCUGUUCGACUGAUAAAGAAAAUGCAGACUUUAGCUCGUUUGCCACAGAAAGCUCUUUGUCCAGUCAGUCGCCACAACAGGGCGUGUCUGUAUCAGUAGCAUUGCAGGAAGUGCAGGUCUCUGAGCAGUUAAGGGGAUUAUAAGUGUAAUGGGGAUGUUCCUAUUUAGCCACGGAAAACAAGUUAGAAUUGGAUGUCUCAGAAUAGAUGGUCUCCCAAGUGUCACUUGCAUCUUGCCCCUUUACCUAUUCCCAGACCUCUGUCCCAUCCCUUGCAAAGGUACUUGCUACCUGAGACCAAUGGUGGUUCUUUAUGGCUUGUAAACUGAUUUUCAAGUUCCUUUUGGGGGAGCAUUGCUGCGGUUCUGGGAAUGUUGUGGGUGCACGUGGUCCAUCCACCUGACUCCAUUGUCCUUAGUGACUUUAAUGUGAUUUCCAAUAUUUUGGUGGCUACAGCAACUGUCUUUAUUUAAUUUGUUUAUUUAUUUGUUUGUUCCCAAUGAUCUGUCAGCUGGGAAGCAUUUUGAAAUUGCACAUUAUUAUUAUUAUUUUAUAACAGACGUGUGGAGAAAGGUUGUAAGGCACAGAGGAAAACCACAAAAAAACCUCUAUGUAUUUUUUUUUUUUUUUUUUUAAGAUUCAGAGAUAUAUUGUGACAUGGCUAUGUACUUGAUCUUGUAUUUGUCAUGUUUCUUACUUCGAGUUUUAGACAAUGACAUCCCUGUGAUCAGAAUAUUAUUUUCUUUUUAAUUUUUCUUUUUUUUUUUUUUGCUACAAAAUGUACAGUAAAAACAAAACAUUCCUGGGGAAAAAAGCACCUUCUUUUCAUUUGUUUUAAUGUCUUGUGUUUUGCUUUGAAACCUGAAGAAGUAUUAAUAUUUUUAAAGAAAGAAAAAGACCUUGAGACACUUUCUCUCUUUGUUGUUUCGUGUGCUGAAAGAUAUUUUUCUUUGGGUGAAAUUCAUCUCUAAUCAGAGGUAUUCAGUGGUGAACAGGCCCUUUGCAUAAGGAUGAAUAUCAUGCUCUGAGAACCUGAUCUAAACUUGGCUAUAUCGCUUAGGAGUGUGAUGUAUCUACACUGCAUUUGGGAAGUGUGAUUUCAUGGUUAGAUGUACCCAAGCUCGCUUUGAUCUAGCUAGCUUGAGUAACAAUGGGCAUGAAGCUGCAGCAGCACAGGGGGUGGUAUAGGUUAGCUUCUUGAGCAUGUCCUCAGGUGCUGGGCAAGCAGGGCUAUCCUAUGCUACUACCUGUGCUCCCUCCUAUUGUGGCUCAAGCUAGCUUUGAUUUAGCUAGCUCAGGUAUAUCUACACAUGCUGCAAUCACACCUUCUGAUUGCAGUGUAGACAGACCCAUACACAGUUAUGCUGGUAUAGGCCCUAGCCUGGAUGCAAUUAUGCUGGUAUAACUGUACUUAGAGCAGUAUAGCUUAUGUCAUUCCCCAUAAGCUAUACCAAUAUCAACACAGUUAUACUGAUAUAACUUCAUCCACCCUUGGAGGGUUUUGCCAGUUAUCACAAGUAUAACUAUGCCAGCAAAACUCUCUUAGUGUAGACAAGGCCUUAGAUACCUUUUAAAAGAAAAGCUACAGUCAUUAAUAAUAAUACUUCAUAUGGACCCAAUCCUGAACUGUUUGCUGUAGUAAAACUCCCACUGACUUGAACACACUAGGCAGCUUGUGCAUGGAUGUGUAGUGUUCGGUGCAAAAGACUAAUAACUAACAUGUCCUGAUGUUUCAUGGUGUGUUGUGAGAGUUAAGUAAUGUUUACAGCAGGGAUCGGCCACCUUUG